AAAUAAGUGCACAUUUUUAAUGGGACGGAUGAAGUAUAAUCAAGUGAGAUAUUUUUUCUUCUAACAAAGGAGAGGCAACAUAAUUUUCUUUCCAGCAGAUAAGAACCACAACAUCGCCCUACGAUCACUAAUUAUAUAGAAUCCAUAUCCACAUUGAUGCACAUACAAAAAAACAGAUAGUAAAAAAAUGGAUGAAACUCUGUUACAUCCCUUCGCAAUAUUCCAAGCUCUUAUUUCCUUAUUCCUGCUCAUCAUCCUCACAAAAUGGCUUACAAAAUCCGUCAAAAACAAAAACUCGCCACCAUCGCCGCCGCGACGGCUACCGAUACUCGGCCACCUCCACCAGCUAGGCUCGCUUCCUCACCACAAUCUUCACUCCAUGGCCAGGAAACACGGCCCGCUCAUGCUCCUCCACUUCGGCAGCGUGCCGACGCUGAUCGCCUCUUCUGCGGCUGCCGCCGCGGAGAUCAUGAAAACUCACGACCUCUCCUUCGCCGACCGGCCGGAAUCGAGGGUCAGCCGGCGGCUCCUCUACGACAACAAGGACGUGUCGGUGGCGCCGUACGGCGAGUACUGGCGGCAGCUGAAGAGCAUCUGCGUCGUGCAGCUGCUGAGCAAUAAAAGAGUUCAAUCGUUCCAUUCCGUUAGGGCGGAAGAGACGGCGAUUUUGGUGAGGAAAAUUGGGGAAUCAUCGGAUCAGUGCGUGAAUUUGAGCCAAAUGUUUACGCAAUUGACGAAUGAUGUGGUCUGCAGAUCGGCCAUCGGAAGGAAGUACGGCGGCGAUGGUGAAGACGGAGAGAGAUUUCUCGAGAUUUUGAGAAAUUUUUUGGAGGUUUUGGGGACGAUUAGCAUCGGAGAUUUCGUUCCGUGCCUUUCGUGGAUCGGCCGAUUUAACGGUUUCGAUGGGCGCGUUGACAGGAUCGCGAGAGAGGUUGAUGAAUUUCUGGAGGGUGUGAUCCGUGAGCGCCUUGAGAAUCCAUUGGAACAGGCGGGAGAGAAUUUUCUGGAUAUUUUGCUCGAGAUUCACCGGAACAGUUCCAUUGACAGGGACAGUGUGAAAGCAAUAAUAUUGGAUGUAUUUGCUGCUGGAACAGAUACAACAGCAACAGUGCUGGAGUGGGCGAUGACGGAACUCUUACGACAUCCAACAAUCCUUGAAAAGUUGCAAAAUGAAGUAAGAGAAGUGAUGAAAGAUAAGCAUGACAUAACAGAGAACGACAUAGAAAAAAUGCAUUUUCUGAAAGCUGUCAUAAAAGAAACUCUCCGUUUCCACAUUCCAAUUCCAUUGCUGGUACCUCGAGUAGCAAGAGAAGAUGUGAAGAUCAUGGGGUAUGACAUUUCAGCAGGAACAAUGGUGAUGGUUAAUGCUUGGGCAAUCGAAAGAGAUCCCGCCUCUUGGGAUGAUCCGGAGAGCUUCCAUCCAGAGAGAUUCUUGAAUUCUUCCAUAGAUUAUAAAGGUUUGGAUUUCGAGUUGAUUCCAUUCGGAGCGGGGAGAAGAGGCUGCCCUGGAACGGCGUUUGCCAUGGCUACUAACGAGUUCGUGUUGGCAAAUCUUGUGCACAAAUUUGACUGGAAAUUGCCUAGCCAAUGUGACGAAUUAGACAUGUCUGAACUUCCGGGGGUUGCGAUUCGGAGAGUCGUGCCUCUUCUUGCAAUUGGUACUCAAUGUAAGUGAUAUCUGAAGUUGUAAGAAAUAGAAUUCUUUCUAAAAGACAUGUCUUGUAACAUUAUUGCUAAAACAAUAGUUCGUGGUCUAAUUGGUGAAA